AUGAACGAAUUUUCGGUCUUAUAUGACGAUGUUUGUCAACGUGUUUCACGAUCCCUUACGGAAGCACUGAAACCGUUUGACGGUAUCGAUACAGUUGCUACUCAUGGUGGAUAUAAUCCAGUGUAUUUAGAGGAAGUGGGGCGUCCUGUUGUCCCGCCAAUAACUUUGUCGUCUACUUUCCAACAGCUUUCUCCUGGUGUCGCAAAAUAUGACUAUUCUAGGUCUGGGAAUUUCUCUCGGGAGUGUUUGGAAAAGUGCAUAGCAUCUCUGGAAGACGGCCAUGACUGCUGUGUCUUUAGUUCUGGUCUUGCAGCCUUAGGAACUCUCAUUCAGGUCUUAUCAAAUGAUGACCACAUCGUUGCGUUCGAUGAUCUAUACGGAGGAAAUGGUCGAUAUCUGCGUCGACUUGCCUCGAAAUCUGGAAUAACAACUACUUUCGUUGACAUGCGUGACUUGAAUUUGUUUCAACAGGCGUUACAGAAAAACACUCGCUUAGUCCUUAUAGAAUCUCCAUCAAAUCCUUUAAUGCGUCUGGUCGAUAUAAGUGCUGUUGCGUCUAUCGCUCAUGAGUUUAACAAAGAAAUUAUUGUUGUUGUUGACAAUACUUUCAUGAGUUCUUAUUUUCAACGUCCACUUGAUCAUGGAGCAAAUGUUGUCUUACACUCUCUCACAAAGUAUAUGAAUGGUCAUUCUGAUGUAGUUAUGGGCGCGCUGGUUACACGUAAUCAGUCAGAACUACACAAGCAGCUAAGAUUCAUACAGUAUGCUGCAGGAGCUGUUCCGUCUCCAUUUGACUGCAUGUUAUGUCUUAGAGGAUUACGCACAUUACCAAUACGAAUGAAAGCGCACAUGCGAAAUGGACUUAUAGUGGCUAUGAUGCUUGAGAAACAUCCGCUAGUUGAAAGGGUUCUACAUCCAGGCUUAGAGUCAUUUCCUCAAAGAGAUAUUAUCGCAAAGCAGAUGCGUGGUUUUAGUGGUAUGAUAACUGUUUAUCUACGAUGUACUGGGGAACAAACAAAAACGUUUAUUACAAAUCUGAAGCUGUUUACGUUAGCCGAAAGUUUAGGGGGUUAUGAGAGCCUUAUUGAAAUUCCGUCCAUUAUGACACACGCAUCAGUCCCAGAGGAGGUUCGUGAGGUCAACGGGAUCACUGGGAAUAUGCUUCGCUUGUCAGUGGGACUAGAAGAUCCGAAAGACCUAUCACUCGACUUAUAUGAAGCUUUUGACAAAUUGAACCAGAAUUCCAAACCAAUAUAA